ACCCGCCCCAUAUAUAAUCCUGCAGCAGUGAAAGCUGGCUCCGUUUUGUUAAUUCUCUUCUGCCUUGGAGACUUCUCGAGACAAUGAAGGCCAGAAUAUUUCUUCUCCUGCUAGGAGCUGCCUGCAGCCUGGCAUCCAAUUCUUUGUAUACCACACCAGAUUCCUGCAAAGGGAGAUGUAAUGAAAAAUACAACCGCCAAGAUGUCUGUCACUGUAACACUAAAUGUGAAAAGUAUCAGAACUGUUGUGAGGACUACCACAUCCAUUGUGGGCAGGAUACCAAAGAAACAGAGCCAGCAUUGGACCGUGGAUUCUCCACGAGUGAAGAUGCCAUAAGUCAGGAGGACCUCCAGGAGGUAUCUGAGCAACUUUACCAAAGUGAUAGCAACAAAGCGGAGGAGUCAGACAUCAGCCUUAACAAGCAGGCCUUAACAUCCCAGACUCAGAGCAAGGAGGAUCAGAGCCCCAAACCGCUCUUCUCAUUCGUCAACGAGGAGACGCUCUUUUCCAAGCCAACCUAUGCCCGUUUCAUUAAACUGCUUGAUAAUUACCACAAGAUGGUUGGAAAGGGAGAAGAGGUCUCCACUGAGCAACUGCAGGAGCAAGACGAUUUCCUAGGGGAGAUCAUGAAGACUGAGGUUAUGAAAAAGCUUUACGGGUUCUUUCAUGGCAAGAAUCGUUACAGCACAGAGGCAGAGUUUAUUGCUGACUUGAAAGAGAUGUGGUUUGGCCUUUACUCCAGGAGCAAUGAUGAGGGGGAUUCCAGUGGCUUUGAGCAUGUCUUUCUAGGAGAAAUUAAGAAAGGAAAAGUGUCUGGAUUCCACAACUGGAUUAGUUUCUACCUGCAAGAGAAAAAGGGCCUUGUCAAUUAUUUCAGCCACAACUAUGAUGGUCCGUGGACCUCAUACCCAGAUAUGCUGGGAUUGCAGUUCAGCUGGGAUGGAUCUUAUAAAGAAGUUGGAUCAGCCUUCAUUGGAAGCAGUCCUGAAUUCGAAUUUGGCCUCUACUCACUGUGCUAUAUUGCUAGGCCUGGAAAGGUGUGCCAUCUGAAACUUGGGGGUUAUAAUCUGGAUAUCCAGACAUACACCUGGGAUAAAACUACCUAUGGGAAUGGAAAAAAGUAUAUUGCCACAGCUUAUGUGGCGACCCCAUGAGAAGGCAAGAUGCUGACUGAGAAGGAACAUCUUGAAUGACCAGGUCUGCCCCUUCUGGCAUAGGCUCCUGAGCUCACAUCGUUCCAAGAGAUGCUCCAUUGUGCUCCUCAUCUUUUGUCUUUAGAUCCACUGUGAAUGUCGUCUGUUUUAUGGAGUGUGCAACAGAGCUGUGAGGCUGGAAUUCCAUGGUUCACCUGAUACUUUCAGCAAAGCUAGAAAUCACACGGAGCACUGCUGUUCUAAGUUGUUUACCAUCUCAGCAGUGACAUCAUAUUUGGGCAAAUUUUGAAAGUGUUGCGGAAUUUCAAGGGAAGGUAAAGGGAUUUUGGUGAUUAGCAAAAACAAACAAACAAACAAACCCAGGAAGGUUCUGAAUAUCUGUCUCAGACUUCCGUCUUAAUAAAACAAAAACAUUUCAAACAGAUUCUUGGGGUCCUACUUGGGUAAGAUCUCAAAGGAUUUUCUCUGGGAGCCAAAACAUUUUUAAUAACAUGAGCAAACAUUUUUUAGGCCAGUUAUAUACAACCCAGACGAUGAUGCAUUUUAAAAAAUCCCUAGCACAUUCAUGGAAAUAAUAAGGAAAGCUGAUUCUAAAGAUCGUUUGCUGUCCUCAUUUACAGAAGUCAUGAGGGUUGACAAUUAGAGACAGGGCUUUCUCAGUGGUGGCGCCAUGUCUAUGGAAUAUCCUUUCCUUAAAGUUUACCUGGCACCUUCUGUUUUAGCCUGUACAAGUCAGGUCAAAACAUUCUUAUUUGCUUUUGAGUGGUUCCCACCUUUGAGUUUUGCACUGUAAUGUUUUAUCAUGGAUUUUAUGGUCUGCAGUGCUUUAUAUACUUUGUAUGGUCCUAGAAAGACUAAUUGGACAGUGCUUUCAUCAACUGUGUCCUUGUGCUGUUUCUUCAUUGGUUUUAUUGCACUGCUGCUGAAAUGAAGUGUUUUACUGUGUGUAUUAUUAUUAGAUUUAAGACAAUGGUUUUGUUUGAUGCAUUACUGACACUUUUAAAAGGGGCACUCAGUCCAUUUUCCACGAGGCAGUGGCACAUUGCUUGCAAAAGACCCAUUCAUAGCUCAGCACAUACUGAUGUGUCUUGGGUCUCUAAAUUCAUAUAGGAGAGAAGAUUCGAAUCUAGGAAAGUCAGACUCCAGACUCAAAGGCCACCUUUCAUUUCUCAGUUCUUCAAUGCACAAUUGGAGAACAAUGAUAUCCUACCUCACAGGGCUGUUGUGAGGAUGAAUGAGAGAAAUGAUAAAGUUCAGUGUUGAUUAACUCUGAUGAUGCAAUAAACAAACAUUAACUCCUU